GCGGGGAGGGGGCGAGCCGUCUUGGCCGCGCUUGGGGGCUGCUGCGAAGGUGUCAUGGCUGCUGCUGCGGAGCCCAGUGCCUCAAGCUGCAGCGAGAGGAACCUGGAGCGAAGCUCCAGCCCCCUUCUCACCCGCGAGGUGCUCUGCGAGCUCUUUCGUUCCCUGCACACCCUGACUGGGCAGCUUAACCUCAGAGAUGAUGUGGUGAAAAUUACAAUCGAUUGGAACAGGCUUCAGAGCCUCUCAGCAUCCCAGCCUGCAUUGCUCCUUACAGCACUUGAACAACACGUUUUGUAUUUACAGCCUUUUUUAGCAAAACUCCAGUCUUUAAUUAAAGAGAAUUCAACUGCUGUUGAAGAGAUAAGACAGACAGAAACAGAGACCAAGAGUGAACUCAAUGCUAAACAUCCCAUUGGGGACCUGCAAGAUGAAGGAAAGCUCAAAGUCUGUGACUUAGAUGUGAAAAAGACACAAAUCCAUUUUGAUCCAGAAGUAGUUCAAAUAAAGGCUGGAAAAGCCGAAAUUGAGAGAAGAAUAUCUGCAUUUAUUGAAAGAAAACAAGCUGAAAUCAAUGAAAACAACGUCAGGGAAUUUUGCAAUGUUAUUGAUUGUAAUCAAGAAAAUAGUUGUGCAAGGACUGAUGCCGUCUUUACUCCUUAUCCUGGAUUUAAAAGUCACGUAAAGGUUUCUAGAGUUGUGAAUACAUAUGGACCACAGACUAGACCCGAAGGAAUUCCAGGGUCAGGUCACAAACCUACCGGCAUGCUUCGAGACUGUGGCAACCAGGCUGUGGAAGAACGACUCCAGAAUAUUGAGGCCCACUUGCGAUUGCAGACGGCCCUUCUGCCAGCUACAAAAAUGUAGAUAAAUGUGGUCCUGGUCUUCAGUGCAUUCCUGACAAUAAACACAUAAAUGAGUAAGUAUCCUGGGGGAAAUGAGCCCAUAUUUUUUGAACAAUACUGUCUCUGAAAGUGCCGUGCCUAUAUCAACUUAGUGAUUAACAGAACUCUGUGGAGGUGUGUGCUAUUACUAUUGGAAAGGUAGUAAGACUGAAGUCCAAAGAGCUCAGGCAGCCUCCCAGGAUAUUAUAGUAAGUGACAGCUAGGAAGCAAAUAGUCUUACCCAUUUAGUUACCAUGCUCUUAAUUCUCCUAAAUGUCCCUGCAUGUUUCUUCUUCUGCCUCCACAGCUACUGCUGUAGAUGAAACUACUGUAAUCUCUGUCUUGGAGUGAUAGGUCUGUUGGUCAACUAGGUCAUUUUCACCCUGUGACCAAAUUGCUGUUUUUCAAGCUCAUAUCUGAUGUUGUUUGUACCCAGCUAAAAAUUCUUUACUAGUUCUCUGGAGCUCUCAAACGCAUAGCAAACUCAGUACUUAGCAGAGAGACUGUGGUCUAGACCAGGCAGGUCUCAGGGAUGAUACUUGAAACAGUAGAAAGAUUCUAAAUAUAAUAAUGAACUUGAUGUCUAAGUAUCUUUAAAACACCACGCCCUCCUCUAAAAGAACUGUCAUUGAGAAUUAUGGGAAAACUCCUUUAAACAUUUUUCUAGGUCAAAGGAGAAAAUAUACCAUGCUAGGAGAAAUAGGAUUUGAAGAGAAUGAUAGGAUAAGCACAGCCAUCAAGUGGAACUGUCAUCUUGUGACUUCAGUAUUUUUCCUUCUAAGUAACUACAACAUCUAUUAGAAACACUUUCUAUACGGAAACUAUUCAGUAUCCCAUAAAAUGAAUUUUGUAAAACAACUUGUAGCAAUAUGGGAUGCAUAAGCAAUAUUUAGAAAGCAGAAGUCUAUAAUUUGUCUCAUAGAAUUCAGAGUGAAACUGUAACUAAGGGUGAAACCAUGAGUUAAUUUCAAUUGAUUUUGCUUUCAUCUGUUUAUUUUCUUAAGUUUAAGUGGUUUUCAUUCUUAUGUAUAAAUGUCUUUGCUUAAUAUUUUAAGAAUAAAAAUGAGACCCCCGAAUGAAGAGGUCAGUUUGGAGGUCUGAACAAUCUAUGGGGCCACUGGUAGUGGAUCAGUAUUUACC